AUGGAUAGUGACGAGGAAGACUUUUCACUGUCAGGAUUAACCCAAAAUACAUUUUUAGCGGAUCCUGUUAUUUUGGGUGACGAAUUAAGUAUAAUUUCAAGUAUUUUAAAGACUGAAAAUCUUGAUUUUGGUAACAGCGAGUCUACAAAUGCAAAUACUAGUCAUGCCGAGUCAACAAAUACAAGAAAUAUAUCACUUAUUAGCGACGAAAAGUUACAGAAAAUGAAGGAAACCCGAACCCGUUAAACACGAAGCAUAAUGCAGCAUGGGCAGUUCGUGUGUGGAAAGGGUGGGCGGACGAAAGGAAUAGUAAAGCACCAGCCAACGAGAAAGUCGAGUCGGAUAUUUGUAAAGUCAGUGAUGUAGAACUUAGGCAUUGGUUAGCGAAAUCUGUUGUCGAAGUUCGGAAGAAAGCAACCAAAGGGGGAUGCUACCGCCUAAUACGCUGUAUCAGCCGUUGUUUUGUGCUUUGCUACGAUAUCUAAGAAAUAAUGGUCGUCCAGCUUCAAAUUUCUUCGAAGACUCUAAUUUUAAACAUUUUCAGGACUCGAUUGAUGCAGAAAUGAAGCGCCUAACAGGGCAGGGUGUUGGUGCAAACGUUAAUUAAACAAGCUCAAGCCGUUUCUGAAGCUGAUGAGGAUAAACUCUGGACUUCUAUAAGCUCCUAGGGGAUCAUACAGCAAGUGUGUUAUUAAACGCAAUGGUGCAUGUUUCUAAUAGGAAAAAACUUUGCACUUCGAAGUGGUAGAGAGCACCGUCUUCUGAAGUUCUGCCAGUUGACACUGGAGCCGGUAUGUGGCAAGGAACCUGAGAAAUUGGUGUACGUUUCUUUCGUACGCAUCUAAAUCGUGAACUUUCCAUUUUCUAAAAAACUGUAUUGAGCCACCUUAAAUCAUUUUGCGUUUUUAAUUAAACGCUGAGCAGACAUGCAGCUGUUCAUUGCAUAAUUUUAACUGGUCAAGUCGUGGGUCAAAUAGACAUCACAUGCAAACAUACUGAUAUGUUUGGGGCAGGCAUAAUGUGAAAGCUUAUUUAACAUAUUACAACAGCUGCAUAAAGUAUGUGUGAAAAUUAUGGGCAUAAUAGGAAGAUAUACAUACAAAGUUUCCUUACAUAGGAAAACACAGGUCUGUAAAUAAACUGUAAAUUUAACAGGCUUGUCCCUUUUUGCAUACUGAUUUUUAAUCGGUAGAAUUGAAGCAUUGCCAGCAGGAUAAUGCGUAUAGAGUGGGGGGAUCGAUAGUUGUAAACCCCUCAGUCGUGUGGUAGUCGGCAAAAUAGUGAGUCCUAUAGUGAGCAAAUUGUUUUCGUAAUCGGCAAAACAUGAAUUUGAUGGGAACAAUUUGGAGAACAGAAAUAUUAAUUAGUGAUUGAAAUGGUUCGCUGAUGGUUCUGGUUCGUAUUAAUUAGUGAUUGAAAUGCUUCGCUAUAAUGGUUCUGGUUUGUUAAGAUACCCACAGCAGCUUUGCAGAAAGCACGUUUUGGUUAAUUAUUUAUUCGUUUUUAAAACUCGGGAGCCGCAGAAAAUUUUCCGGCAACAGACCUCUCUCCCAAUGAGAUAGGUCCGGUACUAGGCCUAUGUUUGCAGAUGUACCGCCUUCCAAUAAUGAAUACUAGUUAUAUUAUUUAUGAGUUCGGUUAUUUGAAAAUUAAUUUUCUUAUCUUAUAGACAGAAAAUGAAAACGAGAAAAAGAAAACGCCUGAAGGUAUUCCUCACGCUUAUACAAGCAACUGACUUCAUGUGAGGCCCACUACUAAACCGGUUUUGGUCAGGGUAUUUAUCCUGAAUUGCAAUUUGCUAGCCUGUUCCAUUGAAAACGGCAUGUAAAUAUAGAGUUGUGCUUGGUUGUUUCCUAAUGCAUGUGCUAUUGUGCUUCGAGAUUUCAACCGGGCUACUCUGGUUUUACCACCUCAACUAAACUACUAAUCCUUCCAUGUUAGUUGUACUCCAUGUCGUAUGCAUGCAUGUCUAAGUUUAUAGUUGAGUUUCUCAUUCAUUGGUGAGCAGGUGAGCGGAUCUCCCAACUGACUAUAUUGCAUAAUUGGUAGGGGAUCCGAGGCACCUUCGAAAUAACGUCCCUUUACUCGAGAAGAUGCGAAUGUUUAACCAUUUUCUGAUGUCAAGUAAAGGUAGCACUUUCUCCUCAAUUAUUUUAAGACCUUGAGUAGAAGACGUUCGACCAGCGAUUGAACCUGAGACUCCCAGCUUGAAAGCCAAGCGUACUGACCACAACACAACCAGUUCUGGCAUCAGUAUUACCGCAAUAAGUGAUUUUAAAUGUUUUACAGUGGGGGGCCAAAACAAAAAUUAGCUGCUCAGUGCGGACUCCUCUGAGUAAGAUGUAGGCCAUCAUGGUAUUGUGAAGGUCCAGUCUGAACCACUAUCUAUAGCGGGACCUCCGAUGCCAAAUAGCCCCCCACUGAUGUUAAAAUAUGCCUUGUAUGGGGUGUGGUCAUCACAGGCGCCCUAUAGUAUAAGCCCGCACAUCGCGGCCAUGCAUGUUUUUUUUCAGUUUCAAGUUUUGCCUGUCGAGAUAAGACGUUAAAACAAGCUAACGGUAUCAAACUGCGAGCAAGUUUCAUAAUCGAACACAGACGUAAUUUGCUCCAAUAAUAUAGCAUUUUCCGGUUUGAUGGUAAAACGUCGACCAAGUCUAUCACAAAUUUGGUGGAAGAAAAGAUGGUGUAUACGCAGAACAGGUUGACAUAAAUUUUUACUGUUUAUAUUCUGUUAGUUCAAACCACCUCAAGCAAACCUAUCUUGACAACAGCGACUCCCGUGACAAAUUGUUCUAGUUUAUACAAAUCUGGUGAAAGAAAAGAUGGUGUUUACACUAUCAACCCUGACGGCCUUGGAUCUUUCCAAGUCAGAUGUGAUAUGCAAACAGAUGGUGGAGGGUGGACAGUGUUCCAAAGAAGACAAGACGCAAGUGUAGAUUUCUAUCGUGGAUGGCAAGAUUACAAAAGUGGCUUUGGUGGUCUUAACGGUAGUUUUUGGCUUAGUUUGGAUGAAAUACAUCGUUUGACAAAAUCAGGACAAAAUGCUCUAAGAGUGGACUUGAUGGAUUGGACUAACGACACAGCGUAUGCAAAGUAUGGAUCAUUUUUUGUGGCGUCUGAGUCCGACGGUUAUAGACUGGACCUGGGUAGUUUUUCAGGUAAAUAUAUGAUUUGAUAUAAAUUUCAUAAGAUAUACUAUGUAAGCAGUGACGUAGUCUGCGAAAGCAGACUGUAUCUCGGCCCCCACUAGCAGUGACGAGGCCAGGAACGGGCUAGGGUACGGCUUAUAUGCCUUAAGGUCAAUUUCUCAGUGAAGUUUGUAUUUAAGAUGUGACUAGUACGCAAUUGAGUAUUACGGUGUUUUAAAUCAUUUAAUAGUCUAUGAAAUUAUAUAGGCCGUAAACCCAAUGAAAUCACAGACAAUUUAAAAAAUUAAAAUAUGUUCUGAAAGGCUAAUUAGUCGUUGAAGAAUUGGACAACACAGAAAAUGGUAAACGUAUAAAUUCGUUGAUGCGAUAAAUAUAGACUUUUUAAACUCUUAAACAGAGGCCGCGAGUAUCACAUAGUCUAAAAUCCCAUUUAUAUCUAUAGGUAACGCUGGUGAUUCGUUGGCAUACCACAACGGAAUGAAAUUCACUACCUACGACAGAGAUAACGAUCAAAGUAGCGGCAACUGCGCUGUGGCCUGGCAAGGUGCUUGGUGGUAUAACGGCUGUCACCACUCCAACCUCAAUGGUCGCUACCUCAAGGCAGGAGAGAAAUCUCCGGCAGGUGUGGAUUGGAUGCAUUGGAAGAACGACAGAAGAUCUAUGAAGAAAAGUGAGAUGAAAAUACGUCCUGCUGGAUUUUAG